AUGACGCAAAGGUUCUUCAGUAGUCAAGACACAAAACUUGUUGCUUAUGGUCAUUUUAUUCAGUGUUACAAGAGCAAAGAAGAGGAAGAAGCACCAAGAGAACAAAGAAAAGAGCAAAAUAAAAGUUACUUCUCAUUACUUGGAUGCAAUGCAGAGAAAUGCCGAAUGCAACUGAACCUUCCAGGGGACUACUUCAUUGGUGGGCUCUUCCACGUUCAUGAUGAGCUGUACCAUGGUCGCUCAGAACUGGAGAUCACCAAGUGCAAAAGGUUUUCAGACAGUGGAUAUCUACGUUUCCAAACCCUAAGGUUUGCAGUUGAGGAGAUCAACAACUCAAGCUCUCUUCUGCCAAAUGUGACCUUGGGUUAUCUGAUAUUUGACGACUGUGAAUUUGGCAUUGAUAUCCAAGGAGCAUUAGCUUUUGUGUCAAGACACCAUGAGAACAUUACUGAAGAAAGCUUGCAAAAGAGCAGAUAUCAGCCUACAGUUACAGCCGUGAUUGGCCCAUUAAAGUCGGAUGCUGCAAUCAUUACAAACAAGAUUCUCGGUUUGUUUGACGUCCCUCAGAUCAGCUUUGGAGCUUCCAGUGAUGAACUGAGUGACAGGACACAACAUCCAACAUUUAUGAGAACCAUUCCAAGCGAUGCAAACCAAAUUGAAGCAAUUGUGCUGUUGAUCCAGAAGUUUCGGUGGAAUUGGAUUGCAGUUGCCGCAAGUGACAGUGACUACGGUGAAAGUGGAAAGCACCACGUGAUCUCAACCGCCACUGCAGCGGGCAUUUGCAUAGCCUCGCACCACACAAUUCCAACGCACGGGUCAGGGUCAACGCCCGCAAUCAUUGACAUCUUUGGGAACAUCACAGAAAGUAGAGCAAACGUCAUUGUUGUGUUUGCGCAUUCAGAGGACGCAGAACGCUUCUUCCAGGUAGCAGUGACCCUAAAUAUCACUGGGAAAGUCUGGAUCCUAAGUGAGGCCAUGUCUGUCCUGAGAAAGCUCUCAGAAAUCUCUAACAUUCGGAACAUUGGCACCAUCUUAGGCAUUUCCCUCAAGCAGGGCAGAAUGGCCGGCUAUGAAGAGUUUGUGCUGAGGGAUAUCACUGCAUGCAGCACGGAUAAUUACAAACCAUUAAGAUGUUUGAAUCUUGAGGGGGAAAGGCUGAGCAGCAUGGAUGAUGACUGCAGGGCCGUAUGUGAUGAGUGUGUGCUGUGUACUUCUGAUGGAGUUAAAUCACUACUGCGACAUUCCGAAUGGCGGAUUGAAUUCAACGUGUAUUCAGCCACGUACGCUGUAGCUUAUGGCCUACAUCAAUUACUACAGUGCGAUUCUGGAGAGUGCGAGAAGAAGGAAGUCUAUCCUUGGCAGCUUCUGAAAGCAUUAAAAAAAGUCAAUUUUUCUCUUGAUGAUAUGCAAAUUUACUUUGAUGAAUGUGGAAACCCUCCCAUUGGAUAUGAUAUCAUUCACUGGGUCUGGACCAAUGAAGCAGUUUCCUUUAAAGCGAUUGGCUCAUACACACCAAACCCAGUGCACCUACAACUUGAUGGCUCCCUGAUCAAAUGGAAUUCACAAAAUGGCCAGAUUCCUACUUCAAACUGCUCCAGCGAAUGUGAACCUGGUCAGAUAAAGACGACAAUUGGCUUCCAACCAUGUUGUUUUAUUUGUGAGGAUUGCGCUGAGGGAACGUUCCAGAAUGAGAGUGAAUGCCUGCCUUGCAGCCCAGACCAGUGGUCACCUGCAAAGAGCACUGUGUGUGAGAGCAGGACGGAGGUGUAUAUGAGGUGGGACGAAGGCGUUUCAAUAGCGUUAGCCAUACUGUCGGGAACCGGACUCCUUCUAAAAGCAUCGAUCGCCCUGGUCUUUGCCCUUUACUUCGACACUCCUGUCAUCAAGGCUGCAGGGGGAAAGCUCUGCUUUGUACUCUUACUGGCACUGGCCAUUAGCUGCGGCAGCGUGUAUUUAUUUAUUGGGAAGCCAAGCACUGAGAUCUGUGUCGCCAGGAAGGUAGUAUUCGCGGUCAGUUACGAGACCUGUCUGGCUUGUGUACUGGUCAGAUCCUUUCAGCUGGUGGUCAUAUUCAAAAUGGCCACCAGAUUGCCCAAGACUUACAGUUACUGGGUUAAAUACAACGGGCAGUAUAUUUUUCUCUUAAUAAGCACUGUCAUUGAGUUCUUUUCUGCAUCCAUCUUUUGGACAUACUUUAGAUCUUCUGUUUUUGAAAAGAACUACGAUGUUUCCAAAACUGAAAUUAUUCUGAUGUGUUCUUCUGGAAAUCUUUUUAUCUCCAUCAUACCCAUUGCUGGACUUAUUCUGUUCAGCUUGCUUUGCUUUGUGUUUGCCUACCUGGGGAAAGAUCUUCCCAAAAACUACAAUGAGGCGAAGUGUAUCACUUUCAGCAUGGCUCUGGUCCUCAUCUCUUGGAUCUUCCUGAUUCUGGUUUUGCUCUCCGGUUCAACCAGUUACACUUCAGCUAUUGAGGCCUCUGUCAUCCUUUUAAGUUCCUACUCCAUCACCGUGGGAUAUUUCUUCCCCAAAUGCUACAUCAUUCUCUUUAAGCCACAGUACAACACCACCGCGUUUUUCCAAACAUGCAUCCAGGAAUACACCAGGAACAGAGAUGUUCAGGAGCCAUAG